AUGCCUCAAAAUCUGCUCAUCAUUGGAGCGACUGGCCUAAUUGGAAAAUACAUCACAAAAGAGAUCAUCGAGGCCAAGGGCUCCGUUGAACGCAUUGUCAUACUUACGUCAAAGGACACGACUCAUAACAAAGCUUCAGAGAUAAACGACCUUAAGCAGUCAGGAAUUGAAGUCUUAGUAGGCGACAUCACGAAGGAAGAGGAUGUCAAGAACGCUUACCAUGACAUUGAUACCGUCAUCUCCUGUGUUGGACGGAAUGUGAUUGCACAACAGAUUCCUUUGAUACAAUGGGCAUCAGAAACCUCAGUGACACGCUUCUUCCCGAGCGAAUAUGGGACAGAUAUUGAGUAUUCGCUGGAAUCUGCAUCAGAGAAGCCCCACCAGCAGAAACUGAAAGUCAGACGAUACAUGUCGACCGUGACGAAUCUAGAGUGCACGUAUCUUGUCACGGGGCCUUAUUCAGACCUCUAUUUUGCUGAGCCUCCCUUUGGUAGAUUCGAGGCAGGAGGCUUCAAUGUCAAAGAGAAGAAAUGUUCUUUGCUGGGAGAUGGAAAGGGCCGGAUCAGCUUCACUGCUAUGGCAGAUGUCGGAAGACUCCUUGUCGCUGCUCUGCAGCACCCUGCAGCAUCACGAAACAGAGUUCUGAUCGUAAACUCAUUCACGACAAGUCCAGAUGACAUCCUUGCUGAAUUUGAGAAGCAGACAGGUACUAAAUGGGAGGUACAGUAUACUGGCUUAGAGAAGUUGAAAGAGAUAGAGGAGCGGGCUUGGAGGAACCAAGAUCCCUUGGCUACAGCUCUGACCUUAAGGAGAAUAUGGGCGGAAGGAGGCACGCUUUAUGAGAAGCGGGACAAUGAACUCAUAGGUGAUCCGCCAAUGGAGACCAUGACAGAUCAGGUCCGGCAAGCAAUUGAGAGAUCCUAG